CAGAAAUUGAUCAUUUAUGACGUUCGUUGCAUUUAGCAAUAAGUGGUGGAUACAUGUGCAAAACGAAAACAUAAAGAUUAUUAUUAUUGAAUAUUGCACGUAUGCAAGAAGGUUAAUGUGAAAAUUAAACUGAAAAAUUUAGGUACAGUACUUAGCGAACUGCGUUUGGAGAAAGAUUAGCAAGGUCUUCGUUGAUUUGAUCGUUUAAGAAAGUUGGAAAUUUACUUGCAGAGCUAUAUUUUAGCGAAUAAGUGCUGGUUAUUCUUGUGUUUUGACUUAAUCUACGCGAAAGCAUAAACCAAACGUGAACUUAUCUGAUUGAAAACAGCGAGUGGUUAACAAUUGCAAUAAGAAGAACAACGUUGUAGGUACUUAAGAUUUGUUUGUGGUUUUGCGUUAAAGGAAACCCUGCUUGCUUUUCGUCUUUGCAUUAUUCAUUCGCCUACUCGCCCUAUCACACGUGAAUGCAGAAGAUUGCUCAACGUUUUCCAUAAUGCUACCGACACAACAGAUUUUGGUUAAAUGUGGUGGCUUUUCAACGCAACUUGCCCGUCAUGUGCAAGAGAAAAUCGAUGGAGAUCCAUUGUGGGGCUCACGUUUUGAUCAGAAGAAUCCAACAGCGGUGGUACAAACACAUUUGGAUUUUCUGCAGAAUGGCGCACAAAUUAUACUCUCUAAUACUUAUCAAUCCAGCAUUGAAGGUUUCAUGGAACAUUUAUCGCUGAGUCGAGAGGAAAGCAUACAAUUGAUGCGUAAAAGCGUACAGCUAGCCAAAGAGGCUAAAAUGAAAUAUUUCGAAAUGGUUGAGAAAGCUAAUGGUACUCAGGAGGCUGGCCUACCGCUUAUUAUGGCUUCAAUCGGUCCAUAUGGUGCACACUUGCAUGAUUGCUCCGAAUAUAAAGGCAGUUAUUCGAAACGUGUCUCAAGCGAGGAUAUACAAAAUUGGCAUCGCCCAAGAAUUGAUGCCUGCCUGGCAGAGGGUGUCGAUGGCUUAGCCAUAGAAACAAUACCAUGUCAGAUGGAAGCUGAAGCGGUUGUCGACAUGUUGCUAAACGAUUAUCCAAAUGUGAAAUUUUGGGUUUCAUUUCAAUGUAAGGAUGCUGAAACUUUGGCGCAUGGUGAGCUCUUUUCAAAUGCCGCCUAUUCAAUAUGGAAUAAAGUGAAGAAUGCAAAUGCUGUUGAACGACUGAUUGCUGUAGGCGUAAAUUGUUUAAAUCCAAUGUUUGUUAAACCGCUCUUUAAAUCCCUUAACAUAUUGGCCGGAGCUGAGUACAUACCUCUUGUUGUGUAUAGCAAUCGUGGUGAGAUCUACGAUGAAAAGCAAGGAGAAUGGACGGAACGCGAUGAUUGCAUACCACUGGAUUCCUAUGUACCUCAGUGGAUUGAGCUUGGCGCAAGAAUAAUUGGAGGUUGUUGUCGUGUUUAUCCUGAAGAUAUUUUACGAAUCAGGAAAUGUAUUGAUAAUUUGGGAAAUAAUAACUAAAUAUUAAUAUAUGUAUGUAUGUAUGAAUAUGAUUUUAUUAAUUUUUAAGCUUGAUGAUUACAUUCGAAAUGAAUAAAAAACGAUUUAA